GGCGGAGGCGCGCGUGCGCAUGCACAGGAGAGGUGAAAGCGCUGCAGACAGUGCAGAGAUUGGGGCACUCUUGCCAAUUGAAUGAAAUAAAGGCCAUUCUUCAGAAAUUGCUGCUAGUGGGAUAACCGCCCCUGUCAACAGCCCCACACUUCCUUCCUGCCUACAAUAUGGAGAGACAGUCUGCAGAUCUGGGGAUCACCCAGACCCCCCUGUCCCGAUUCCUGGAUGGAGACUUCUGGGGUAUGAAGAAUGAGCUGAGGAGGCAGAUCGCGGAGAGCCCGCUCUUUCUGCAGAGGUAUGACUUGACUCUGGAUGAGAUUAGGGACCUUACCUUUGAAAGAGUGAAAUUUACCAUGGGUUUACCUGAAGUUCAACGUGCAUUUCUAGAGAUGAUAGAUAAAAAGAAAAACUUUAUCAACAGAAGUCUGGUUAUUGGAGAAGUCCUGUGUACUGCAGAUAUGACAACUGGAGUUAAGUGCGGGGUUAUUUGCUGGUUGUUCGGUGGAGCAGUGAUGAAUCUUGGAAGUCCAGAACACAUUCAGAAAUGGUUCCUUCCCUUAAAGAGCCAGGUAUUCACAGGGAUGUUUGCAAUGACAGAACGAGGACACGGCAGUAACGUAAGAGGGAUUCUCACCGAAGCUGUUUUUGAUCCAGCGUCACAAGAGUUUAUAAUCAAUACGCCAUGUGAAAAUGCACAGAAGAUGUAUAUUGGUAAUGCAAUGAAAGGGAACCAUGCUGCUGUAUUUGCACAACUGAUCAUCAAUGGAAAAUCUCAAGGACCUCACUGCUUUAUUGUCCCUAUACGUGACCAAGAUGGGAAAAUGUAUCCGGGAGUAGAAGCGAUUGAUAUGAUGCACAAAGAAGGUCUGCAUGGUGUCGACAAUGGCAUUCUGACAUUCAGACAAGUUCGUAUACCAAGAGAAAACCUUCUAGACAAGUUUGGCUCAGUCUCUCCAGAUGGAAAGUACCGCUCAUCCAUUGAAAACAAGGGUGCCAGAUUCAACGCCAUGCUGGCAGCUCUCACACCAACGAGAUUGGCAUUAACCUUUCAAGCCUUGGGAGCCAUGAAGCUUGGAUUGACGAUAGCCAUUCGAUAUAGUCACAGUCGGAGACAAUUUGGGCCUAAGGGCAAAGAAGAAGUAAUGAUAAUUGAACAUCAAACUCAGCAUUUCCGAUUGAUGCCCCACUUGGCUACUGCAUUGGCGUUGAUAUUCACCAGCAGAUAUGCAGGAAAAAUGCUUGAUGAGGAUGUCUACCACAACAGAGACCUAGUAAACAACCGGCCUUUGCAGGCUUUGGUUGCAGGACUUAAGGCCUAUAGCACAUGGGAGAACCUGGCAUGUCUACAAGACUGUCGUGAGUGUACUGGAGGAAUGGGAUAUAUGAUGGAAAACCGCAUUCCUGGGUUGAAGUGUGAUUCUGAUGUCUUUGUAACAUUUGAAGGAGACAACGUUGUCAUGUUACAGGUUGUGGUACGAGAACUUCUGGCUCAGUAUACCAGACAAUAUGAGGAAAGUCCUGUCUUUGGUCUUUUUAGAAACUGGACAAGUUCUUUUGGGGACAAACUACGAACAAGCUUUCUGGCAUUCAGCUCGGACAAAAUUAGUAGCUUGACUUUUCUUUUAAAAGCUGUUAAUUUUCGGGAAAGAGUACUACAGCGUGGGUUGGCAGCCAGACUCUACCGCAAGGUAAUGACCCAGAAGGAAGAGUUUUUCAGUGCCUGGAAUUCAUGCCUCCACCAUGUUGUCACACUGGCCUUGGCUCACAUCCACAGGGUGACUCUGGAGCAGUUCUCAUUAGCGGUGGAGUGUUGCCCUGUGCCAGAAGAUCAGAGCUUGCUAAUGGAGUUCUGUCUGUUAUAUGGAACCAAGCUGGUAUACCAAGAAAGGGCAUGGUAUCUUGAACACAAAUAUCUCACACCAGGAACUAGCGCACAGAUCAGAAAUCAGUUUCUGGAGCUCUGCAAGUCGGUGAAAGAUGACGCCUUGAAGGUUGUUUCAGCCUUUAACAUCCCACACAACUCCAUCCAGGCCCCCAUCGCUGGCAUCCCUAAUCCUAGAGCCAAGUGGGCAUAUUACCCCCAGCCAACGAAGGAAGAUAAAGGAAUGAGCCAGACAUUAAACAAGAUUGCUGCUAAACUGUAGAUGCUGUAUGUUGGUGGUGCUUUUAGCACACAGGAAAGAGAGAGAACUUAGAUGAACUGUAGAAAAGAUGAAUUUAUGCAUCCUGGUCUACAAAUCCCCAAAAUGUUCACUAUUUUAUUGAAAGAACAAUCUUCCUAAUGAGUUUACAAUCAUUUAAGGUGUGCACAGUUAGACAUUGCCGAUUUUUAAAAAUCCUUUUAAUUAACAAUAACUUUUUAAAUGUCUAAAAUACAAAUUUUGAGAUAGAAACAUGUUUGUAUGAUUCCUGGGGAUGUGCUGAGUGAUUGCUGUAGGGUGAUUGACUGAUGUACAAUCUAGAAAUAGUAACAAGCAGAGAACAAUAGUGAUCUAGUCUAGAUAAAUGGACUGUCUUAGGUAGCCAGCGAGCUGCAUAGAUAUGAGAAAUUGCACCAUAUGUCACCUCCAUAUUCCAAGCACCUUGGACCAACACUUGGUAAAACAAUUAAUACUUUUUGAACAAUAUCAGAUACAAUUUUGUUAGCCAAUAGUAGAUAGGGAUAUUGCUGUUUAAAAGAUAUUAACCUCAUACUUAUAAAAAUAGAAUGAAUUUCACGCUAUAGAAAUUAAUGUGAUUUUUGUCCCAAAGCGGUUAAAGCUUUUGUAUAUCUUAUUAAUGUAUUUUUUUUUAACUGGAAAGCCGAAUAUGCAGAGAGGGGUAUAUCAUUUCCACAGAAACUGGUCAGCCUUAAAAAUUAAUUGUGUUAUUUUUCUGCAUAUUAUAGAGUCUCGUAUGGAUUUUUUUUAGAUGGAGAAGAUGUUAUGGUGAUGCCAUUUUAAAAAAAUGUAUGGGUAAAAUGUAUUUUAUACAUACAGUUGACACAUUAAAUAUUCUUUGAAUCGACAACCAAAAAAGGCCUAACAUUUACCUAUCCAUUCUAUUUUUGAGUACUCUACAAGCACAGGGACAUUCUUUCUUCUCAUUAUAAAUUACAAAUAUAGAAAUUGUGAUUCCAUGUUAAUUAAAUUAUUUUUCCGAUACAUGUGUUUACCCCUUCUAAUAACACAAAAUUAAAACAUGAAAACAGACACACAAUAAUACACUAAUGUAAAUUUCAAAUAUUUUUGGUGCUAAUAUACAAAUAUAUGUAUACGUACAUGUUAAACCAUGUUGUGCUUUUUUUUUUUUGCUUCUGCAUACAAAAAUAUAUUGCCAAAAUGAUAAAAUAUGCAAAUAAAAUAAAAAUAUUAAAUUAAAUUCUACAUGUGAUGCUUAAGGGUUGCAAUAAGUAGUAAUUGCCAAAUGUUUGCCAUAUUGCUCUUCGCUGUGUUUUUGUUAUGGUUAGUGGUGAUUAUAUUUGGUAAUUUGAAAUAAAUGUAAUGUUGGUAACCUUGAUAGUAUGAGUUUUAGCAACAAUUUCACACGUGUGGGUUUGUGUUCGGUGUAUGUCAGUUUCAGAUGUGCAGUAACACCAAACGUGGGAUCUCACACAGAUCUUAACAUGCAAUAAAAAGUUCUUUAGGACAGAGUGA